AUGUCUCUCGAGGAGAUCUUCGAUACGCCUGUGGACGAGUCAUUUCCAGCAGCUUCCUCUCGUACCAGAAGUGCUUCGACAAAGGACGACGACGACGAACCGGCUCGACCUUCGAAACGAUCACGCCCUUCGCUCUUCUUGGCCGGCUCCGACGACGAAGAGGAGAGCUUUGCUUUGCCAAACUCUCGGAGAGAUGCUGCCCCUCGGACGCCUGGACGCGAUGUACCUGAUGUGGAUAUCGACGAGAUGUUCGCGGACCUGGACGAGGCGUCGCUGUCACUCGCGGCCCCAUUGGACAUGAAUGCCUUGCAGCGGGAGGCGCGUGAACAACGAGAGAGGGAGCUUGCAUUGACCCCUCAUGCCAUUUUGCCGAGCUCAUCUCCUCCGAGAGUUACGGGCGAUACUUCCAACAAAGAUAAGGGCAAGGAUGCCAACGGAGAGAAGAAGGAGAGGAAGAAGAUCGCCAGACUGGAUGAAGCGAGGUUACUGGGUUCUGACGGCUUUCCUGCCCUGAUUAGACAAACAAAGCACUGGAAACCGAAGGGGAAAGGGCAUGAACACUCGGAUCUCAACUCCCUUUUACAAAUCUAUCAAUUUUGGGCGCACAAGAUGUAUCCCAAGACACAUUUCCGUGACACGGUCAAGACGGUAGAAAAAUUAUGUCAUAGCAAGCGGAUGCAUGUCGCGCUAUCGGUCUGGAAAGACGAAGCGAAGGGGCUGGUCAACGGCCAAAAGCCUGAGCAGAUAAACCUCGAUUCCGAUGAUGACGAGUCAGGUGGCGAUUCUGGCCAGCGCGUCCUGCCACAGGCUUCGUCUUCCCGGGGCUCAUCACCCGGGCAGCCACCGCCUUCCUCGCCUUCCGAAGCGGUCUCUCGUCGGGCUUCGAGCUCAGGUUCCACCGGGGUAUUGGUCGAAGAUGACGACUUCGACGUGGACGCAAUGAUAGCCGAGGAGGAGGCCCGGAGAGCUGACAUGGAAAAGGCACCCUUGACGUCUGCCAAACCUCCAGCAGCAAAUAUCGCUUCGACGUCGGCCAACACCGAGGAUUUCGACGAGGAAAUGUGGGAUGAGUUGAUGAACGACUUCGGUGCCGAUGUACCUGCAAAACCGGCUGCACCCGCAAGUCACACGACGCAACGGCAAGCGGCGACUUCUGUCCCGGAUGACGAAGAUAUGUGGGACAUAGUACACGAGAUUGAAGCGGAGAAUGCAGCGAAGAAAUCUGCGGAGAACGCUGGCACGACUGCAGGCAAUACUCAACAUAGCAAAGAAAAUGGUACCCAGUACCACAACAACUCGACUGGACUCUCCUCGAUGUUUGACGAUGACGACGACGAUCUAUAUAUGGACCCUUAG